ACGCCGGGAUGGAUCCGGUUCCGUGAGGGGAGCGCGCGGUGCCUGCUGGGAUAGAUUCGCGCUUCCGGCUCAUCUCUCCCGGUCCACGGCGCUGUCUCCGCUCCAGCCUCCUUCCCCGCCGGUGUUUCUGUGCCAGGCCGCGGCCCCUACUCACCGCCCGUCAGCAUGGCGAUGCAGGCAGCCAAACGAGCCAACAUCCGGCUCCCUCCGGAGGUCAACCGGAUCCUGUACAUCAGGAACCUGCCGUACAAAAUCACGGCCGAGGAGAUGUACGAUAUUUUUGGCAAGUACGGGCCCAUCCGGCAGAUCAGAGUUGGAAAUACCCCUGAGACCAGAGGAACAGCCUACGUGGUCUAUGAGGACAUCUUCGAUGCCAAGAAUGCCUGCGACCAUCUCUCUGGGUUCAAUGUGUGCAACAGAUACCUCGUGGUUCUGUACUAUAACGCAAACAGGGCAUUCCAAAAGAUGGACACAAAGAAGAAAGAAGAACAGCUGAAGCUUCUCAAAGAAAAAUAUGGAAUUAACACAGACCCGCCAAAAUAAACUGAUCUUUUUUGGAAAACUGUUUUCAAGCCCUGCCGUUGAGUUCUUGGCCUAAAUACAGGAAUUCUUAAAGUGUAAUUUUUUCUCAUAUAAAUUUGAUAAACUGCAAUAUGAGUCUUUAUAUCUUCAGAUUAGGAUUAAAUAAAUGUAGAACACAGGGA